AAAUCCUGUUUUUAAAAUACUCAAAAAGAAAAGAAAAAAGUUUGAAGAACUCCCACGCUCUGUUCUCUUGCUUUGAGGACUCUGCAGGAAGUGCAACAAGGCCUGCUCCCAAUUCUCAAAGCUAAAAAAUAAAAUUUUUCUCUUUUCCCACUUUUUUUCCUUUUUUUUUUUUUUACUGUUUAUUGCCUUAAGAUUCACCAUUCCCAUAAACCAAAACACAUGCCCUUUCAUUCCCCAACCUCAUUUCAUCAUCUCCAUCACUUUCUUCCUCUUCUUCUUCACAGCUUCCUUUGGUUUUUUUUCUCCUCUUAGUUCUCCAUAGCCAUUUUCUUCAUCUGAGGAAGAAGAAGAAGAAGAAGAAGAAGAAGGAGAAGAUGAUUACCCUUUCAGAUUUCUACCAUGUAAUGACUGCAGUGGUUCCUCUUUAUGUAGCUAUGAUUUUAGCUUAUGGGUCUGUGAAAUGGUGGAAGAUCUUCACUCCUGAUCAAUGUUCUGGAAUCAAUCGUUUUGUUGCUUUGUUUGCUGUUCCUCUUCUCUCUUUUCAUUUCAUUUCCACAAACAAUCCCUACACUAUGAACUUACGCUUUAUUGCUGCAGACACUCUCCAAAAACUCAUUGUUCUUGCUGUUCUUGCUGUUUGGAGUAACAUAAGUAAAAGGGGUUGUUUGGAAUGGACGAUUACUCUAUUUUCUCUUUCCACUCUUCCCAAUACUUUGGUUAUGGGGAUUCCUUUGCUUAAAGGGAUGUAUGGGGAUUUUUCAGGGAGCUUGAUGGUUCAGAUUGUUGUACUUCAAUGUAUUAUUUGGUACACAUUGAUGCUGUUCAUGUUUGAAUAUAGAGGAGCCAGAAUGCUGAUUUCUGAACAGUUUCCAGAUACUGCUGGUUCUAUAGUCUCAAUCCAUGUCGAUUCUGACAUUAUGUCGUUAGAUGGAAGGCAAGUUUUGGAAACAGAAGCUGAGAUUAAAGAAGAUGGGAAGCUUCACGUGACUGUGAGGAAAUCAAAUGCUUCAAGAUCAGAUAUCUUCUCAAGAAGAUCAGUUGGGUUGUCUUCUACAACUCCACGCCCUUCAAACUUAACCAAUGCGGAGAUUUACUCUUUGCAAUCAUCUCGAAAUCCCACUCCUAGAGGCUCAAGUUUCAACCACACUGAUUUUUACUCUAUGAUGGCUGCUGGUGGAAGAAACUCCAACUUUGGCUCUUCUGAUGUUUAUGGCCUUUCGGCUUCGAGAGGUCCGACGCCUAGGCCGUCUAAUUACGAGGAGGAAGGCGGCGGUAACGGUGGAAAGCCGAGGUUUCAUUACAAUGCUACAACAGGGGGCAAUGCAAAUGCAAAUGCAAAUGCUAAUGUAAAUCAUUACCCUGCUCCAAACCCAGGAAUGUUUUCACCUACAGGGUCUAAAAAUGCACAACCCAACAAUGCUAAGAAGCCAGCCAAUGGGAAAACAGAGGAUGGAAGCAGAGAUUUACACAUGUUUGUUUGGAGUUCAAGUGCUUCCCCUGUUUCUGAUGUUUUUGGGAACCAUGAAUUUGGAGCUCAUAAUGAUCAAAAGGAUGUAAGAUUAGCUGUCUCUCCUGGAAAAGUAGAAGGACGUAGAGAGAACCAGGAGGAAUAUGCAGAGAGAGAAGAUUUCAGCUUCGGAAAUAGAGAAAUGAUGAACAGUAACAACAAUGGAGGAGUAGGAGUAGGAGGAACGGAGAAAGUUGGUGAUAUUAAACCCAAAACCAUGCCACCCACUAGUGUUAUGACAAGGCUAAUCUUGAUCAUGGUUUGGAGAAAGCUCAUAAGAAACCCCAACACUUACUCUAGUUUAAUUGGUCUCACUUGGUCCUUAGUUUCAUUCAGGUGGAAUGUUGAAAUGCCAGCCAUUAUUGCAAAAUCCAUUUCUAUACUAUCUGAUGCAGGGCUUGGAAUGGCCAUGUUUAGUCUUGGUUUGUUCAUGGCAUUGCAACCAAGGAUCAUAGCAUGUGGAAAUAGCAUAGCAGCUUUUUCAAUGGCUGUGAGAUUCCUUACAGGUCCAGCUGUAAUGGCUGUUGCUUCCAUUGCUGUUGGCCUUAGAGGAGUUCUCCUACGUGUUGCCAUUGUCCAGGCAGCUCUCCCACAAGGAAUUGUCCCCUUUGUCUUUGCCAAGGAGUACAAUGUACAUCCUGAUAUUCUCAGCACAGGAGUUAUCUUUGGGAUGUUGGUUGCAUUGCCAAUCACCCUUGUUUACUACAUUUUGCUGGGGAUUUGAGGGUGUGGAAAGAAGGGUUGAGUCAGCCAUGGCUGCGGCAGCCAUGAGAGGGCAUUUUCAAAAGCUUCAAAGCUUUUAAUUUGGGACAAAAGAAUUUAGAGAGAGAUUAAAAAAGAGGGAGAGAAGUCAAAUGGAGGAGAAGGGGAAAAGUGAAGCAAAUUGUGGAUGAAUCUUCCUUGCAAGUAGAUGAGAAAAAGAGAGUGAAAGGAAAAAGAAAAAAGGUGCUGUAAAAUCAUUAUGUUUGGUAGUUAAUUAUAUAAGGAAAAAAAAAAAGUGUUUUGGUUUUUCUCUCCCACUUA